UGCACCAUGUAUUCCUCGCGAGUUGGCGUCGACGCAGUAUCUCUGGCGGUGCGGUGGCAACAGUGUUGCGAGGGAGACCUUCGGCUACAUUUGCUUGCACCGUGAUAAACCUUUAAAGUCUUCUGAGAAUUAAGCCUUAUCAUAUUUAGCCUCAUAACAAGAACUAGUAAGCCAGAAUCCAAGUCCAGAAUAUAACGUACAUCUCAGUACCUUGCAACCAUGCAGUCGACACCGAAAACGCGUCUUCAGGCAAAUACGACUGGUGUGGUAAGAAUCGGAAGCAUUAUGAGUCGACCAAAGAGAGUGAGCGACUCCCCGACGCCCAAGAACAAAAUGGCAAGGAAAACCCUGGCAUCUAUUAAAUUCUCUCCUGAGCAGAAGAAGGAUGAGCUCUUCCGGGCGGCCGAGGAAGGUGACUUGGAUGUCGUAAAGGAGCUGAUCGAAGACACCGGGCCGGAGGUGCGUGAGGAGGACUCCAACGCCACACUGCUCCAUGCUGCUGCGGCGAACGGCCACGUGGACUUGGUCAUCUUCCUUCUGACUCUGAUUAGUCCCAAUACAACCGACCACAAUGGACAAACUCCUGUUCACGUGGCUGCCAGGAAAGGCCAGCUGCCCGCUCUUGAGGUUUUACUCAAGGACGAGCAGUUCAAUGCAGAGCGAUUGGACAAUAACAACAGAUCUUAUAAGGAUUUAUUAUCCGUGCCCCUCGUUGAAGCUGUUUUGAAUUGGAAAGUAACAACUCUUACCAAACUUCUUGAACUUGGUGCUGACCCUGAUCACAAAUUAGCCGGUUUAGUUGACAGCUUACUAGCUAGAGAACUCUCAGUCACUACGCCGCGUGAAUUGGCCAUCUCCCUGAGCAGAAACAGCUUUGUUAACAAGUUCAAUGAGGUCAAGCCACCAACUACCAAAUCGUCAGCUACAAAGAAGGCCAAAGAUUUCAAUCUCAGUAUCAGCAGAGAAAAUAUCAAAUAUGGCCCUCUGCGAGUGACAGUCACACCAGCCACUAAGAUUUCCCGCGGACCAGAUAUCUACAAGAUGGACACAGAUCCUCGUGGCUUUGUCUGCAUUCUGAAUUAUAACUCUUUUAAGGAUCGUCCUGACCUCAGCCUGGAAGGUGCUGAUAAUGAUAUCCUUAAUUUAGAAGGCGUCUUUGGAACGAUGGGAUAUACUGGAAAUACCUACUCGAACCUUACAGCUGAGAAAACCAAGGCAGCCCUGUCAGAUAUCAGGGAACUGGAUAUCCUAGAUGAGAUAGGAUGCAUAGUCUUUAUAAUCUCCAGCCAUGGUAUUGGAGGAGAAAAUUUCUUAACUUCAGACAUGCAGCUCCUGGAUGCUAAGUGGUUGUAUUCAUCCUUUAGGGAUUCAGAGUGCCCGCAACUUCAGAAUAAGCCCAAACUGUUUAUUUUUGAUAUAUGCAAUGGUUACUACAGGAAUGAUGCUUACCAAGCAAAGCCAACUGAGUUUAUUGCAGAAGAUGAGCCAUGUAAAGAUAUGGUGUGUAUUUAUUCCAGCAGCACUGGCAUAACCUCUUACACCUUUACCAAGGAUGGUACUCCAUUCAUUACAUCUCUCUGUCGUACACUGGCUACGCAUGCACACAGCAAAGAAUUUGGAGAUUUGUACAGGAUGUUCUUACUUGAUUUUAACAGGAGUAAUCCCACCACUGUUCCUGAAAUGAGAAACCUGUCAUUUGCAAAAAAGUUUUUCUUUAACCCAUAAGCAUCUCCAUUUCAUAUUUUCUUAGUAAUCAAGGUUUUUUAUUAUACACUGAUUCACAUCAGUGUAUAAUAAAUGUUACAAAAUAUGUAGUAUAUGCCAUACUGGAAGGUUCCUUGUACGCAUGCCGAAGCCUUUCACCAACAUCUUUGCAUCUGUGAAAUACACCAGACGUUUGCAUAAAUUUCUGCACUGACCUUUGACAUGAAACACUUUCCCAGCAGAGCAUGAUGCUAAAACUUACGUUUCACAUUCACUGAAUUUCUGGGUCAGCAUGAAUGAAGCUUUCGCUACAUAGAUAAAAAUUUUGUUAACAUCAUGCUGAAGAUAGAUGCAUUGCAAUUGUUUUCACAUUUGUUUUUAGCACUAGUUUAGGCAGAUCUUUUUAGAGUGAAUAUGACCCUCUUGUAUUUGCUUCAUACAUUAAUAAAGGCAAUAAACUAUGGAAAA